AUGACCACAAAAUUGGAAGAGGAAUCCUCGCCGUUUUCGCUACCCGUGUCACCAAUGGAAUCGAAUAGUUUAAAUUCGUCAUCGUCGACAGCUGAGAAGAAGAACUGCGCUGUUUGUCGAGAAGAAGGAGACGGCUACCAUUUUGGAGCAGAAGCAUGCAGAGCGUGUGCUGCCUUCUUCCGUCGAAGUGUUUCAUUGGACAAGAAAUAUUUAUGCCGAGGAUCUAAUGAUUGUGAUAUUGCAGCAAACAUUCGCUGUAUGUGCCGUGCAUGUCGGUUCACAAAAUGUCUCGAAGUAGGAAUGAAUCCGGCUGGUGUUCAACAAAGACGUGAUACGAUAGGAAAACGAGAUAUCAAACAUGAAUCGCCAAAUAUGAAUAUUUAUCAAGCGCUCGGGGCUAUGGUUGAAACGACCCCAACUACGAGUAUACCAUCACCCCUCGUCGAUGAUUUACCAAUGUCAUUUAAUGAAGAAAUGACUAUUUUGACAAAGAUGAGAGUGAAUUAUCGGAAAAUGGACAAUGCACGGUUGGUUAUUCACAGAAAGGAUGGACAAAGUCUAUUCAAAGAGAAAGCUCCGAAAGCUGUGAAUUAUAAAGAAGCGGCCGAGCAGAGUAUUCGAGAAGUUAAUCUUGUUGCUGACUGGAUUGCUUGGUGUUUCGAGGACUUCGUAGAACUUCCGAUUGAUCAGAAGAAAGUUCUUUUCCGUAAUUUCUACACACCAUUUAGCAUGCUCGAAGGUGCAUUCUUAUGCCAUAUCAAUGAUACAUCUAAUGCCAUAAUUUUCCCUUCUGGGGACUACAUUGACAUUGAAAACCUCGAUAAAUUCUUCUACGACCCUGACGCAGAGCAACCGAUGACGGCAGACGAAAUCAACAAAAUGUUCCAACCAUCUUUCGAGCUCCAUCGCCGCUCUCUUAUUCUUCCAAUGAUGGCCGAAAAGGUUGACGUGUUCGAGUUUUUCGCUCUUUGCACAAUUCUUUUCUGGGAUUUCGGAUUAGACGAUCAGACAGAUGAAUGCAUGAUUAUUGGAAAGAAAGUAAAAGAUCGAGUCAUGAGAGAGCUGGCGUUCUAUUUGAGACAUGCGAAGAAAUUAAAUGAACCGGCGAUUCGAGUUGCAACGUUGCUCACACUCCUUCCAGCUGUUCAGAGAAGCGUUCGUCGAUUCCAAGAAGACAUUGAAAUCACUAGUGUCUUCAACAUUUAUGCACCUGGAAAAGCAUUCUACGAUCUUGUCAAUGGAAAAUUUUGUUAA